AUGACUUCUAGUAUUGAUACGAGUAGCAUCGGGAAACCCCCGGCGGGUGGGCGCAAGGGUCGUAGGCACGUACGAUCUUUGACCGGUGAUUUCCCCGAAGUCGACGAGAAGGGUCAGGAGAAGUGGCCGAAGGGUGACGAGAAAGCUUGGAAGGAUGCGUUGCGGGAUGUCUACACAGACGUCCCCACCAUCACAAAAUCCAUCGUCAACCAUGUUCAGACCUCCAUCGCGAGGGCGCCAUACAAUGUCGACGAUUUCGGCGCAUACCAAGCUGCUGCUCUCUCUGUCCGAGACAACUUGAUCGUCAACUGGAACUCUACCCAGUUGCAUUACACCCGCAAGGCCCCUAAAAGGGCGUACUAUCUCUCCCUUGAGUUCCUCAUGGGCCGCACGCUCUCAAACGCUCUUUUGAACCUUGGCGUCGUCCCGGAGUAUACCGACUCGCUCAACGCCCUUGGGUUCAACAUCGAAGACAUCCUUGUCCAAGAACGUGACGCCGGUCUCGGGAAUGGUGGCCUUGGCCGUCUAGCCGCUUGCUACCUCGACUCUUCUGCUAGCCAGGAGUUACCGGUAUGGGGAUAUGGGUUGAGAUACAAGUACGGUAUCUUCCAGCAGCUCAUCAAGGCCGAGGAUGGAACGCAACUCGAGGCUCCUGACCCCUGGCUCGAAUACCAAAACCCAUGGGAGCUGCCCCGUCUGGACGUCACCUACGAGAUCAGGUUUUACGGAAGCGCGGAUAGAUACACGGACGGCUCUGGUAGGGCUGUUUGGAGCGGUGGACAAGAAGUGCUUGCUGUGGCAUACGAUGUGAUGAUCCCAGGAUACCACACCAAGAACACGAACAACCUCCGCCUUUGGGAGUCCAAGCCCAAGCGUGGCUUUGACUUGCAGAGCUUCAACGCCGGUGACUACGAACGUGCCGUUGAGACGUCGAACACUGCGGCAGCCAUCACAGCCGUUCUAUACCCGAACGACCACACUACCUUCGGAAAGGAGCUUCGGUUGAAGCAGCAGUACUUCUGGACUGCGGCAAGUCUGGCGGAUAUGAUGAGGAGGUUCAAGCACCUUGAUAAACCUAUCACCGAGUUUGCGGAAUACAACGCUAUCCAGUUGAACGACACCCACCCUACCCUCGCCAUUGUUGAGUUGAUGCGCAUGCUUGUCGACGAGGAGGACGUCCCGUGGGACCAAGCCUGGACCAUCGUAACCCAGACGUUCUUCUUCACUAACCACACCGUUCUCCCCGAAGCGCUCGAGAAAUGGGCCGUCCCGCUCAUGCAACACCUCCUGCCGAGGCAUAUGCAGAUCAUCUUUGAUGUCGACAGCUAUCUGGUCGUAUUUUUGCUCUUCCUGAAGUCGGUCGCACAGAAGUACCCAGGCGACCGUGAAAAGCUUGCCCGGAUGUCGCUCAUCGAAGAGGGCUUCCCACAGCAAGUUCGCAUGGCCAACCUCGCCGUCAUCGGUUCACGCAAGGUCAACGGUGUCGCAGAAUUGCACAGUCAGCUCGUGCAAUCGAUGAUCUUCCCUGACUUCGUAGAGUUCUACGGAAAGAGCAGGUUCAGCAACGUUACCAACGGAAUCACCCCCCGUCGCUGGCUCGACCAGUGCAACCCCGAUCUUUCUGCGCUCAUCACCGAGACGCUCGGACUCGAGCGUAACGUCUGGCUGAAGGACCUGUUCAAGCUCGAGGGCUUGUUGAAGCAUGUCGACGAUACGGCGUUCCAGAAGAAGUGGGCGGUCGUGAAGAGACAGAAUAAGGAGCGGCUGGCUCAUUUUGUGGAGAAGCAGAUGGGCGUAAAGGUUGAUACGGAUGCAAUGUUCGAUGUGCAGAUUAAGAGGUUGCAUGAGUAUAAGCGUCAAACUUUGAAUAUCCUUGGUGUUAUCCACAGAUACCUGCUCAUCAAGAGCAUGACGCCCGAGGAGAGGAAGAAGGUCGUCAAGAAGGUUGUUUUCUUCGCUGGAAAGGCUGCGCCUGGCUACUACAUUGCUAAGCUCACCAUCCGUCUCAUCGUCAACGUCGCCAAGCACAUCAACAAGGACCCGGACACCAACGAAUACCUUUCGCUCUUCUUCCUUCCGGACUACUCCGUCUCACUCGCGGAGGUGCUCAUCCCUGCCUCAGACAUCAGCCAGCAUAUCUCGACUGCUGGUACCGAGGCGUCUGGAACGUCGAACAUGAAGUUCUGUUUGAAUGGUGGGCUGUUGGUCGGAACCGUCGAUGGAGCAAACAUCGAGAUCGCUGAAGAGGUUGGAGAGGACAACGUUUUCUUCUUCGGUCACUUGACCCCCGAUGUCGAGGAUCUUCGCUACCAGCAUACCUACCACCCCGUCCCUGUUGAGGAGAAGUCCCCUGCUUUGGCUCACGUCCUCAACACUGUCUCUUCCGGCGCUUUCGGAGACGGUGGCGUCUACGAACCGCUCCUCAACACCAUUCGCCAGGGCGACUACUACAUCCUCACUGAGGACUUUGACUCCUACAUUCGCGCGUUGGAGAUGGUCGACGAGGCGUAUGCGGACCGUACGGAGUGGACCAAGAAGAGUAUCAGGACGACGGCUAAGAUGGGCAAAUUCAGCUCCGACAGGGCGAUCAUGGAGUACGCGGAGAGCUAUUGGAACAUCGAGAGCGUGAAGUUGUCGGAGUGA